CUGCUAACUCAGAUAUGGAAUUCAGUUCAAAUCACAAAGCUCCGUUUCUCAUGAAUUCAGGAGUUCCAGAUCUCACUUCGGAAAUCUGAUUUUGUCAUUUCUUGAUUCAGAGGCGGGAAAUUCGAGACCGCGGUAAGAUCUAUAUGCAUUCUUGAAGAUAGUUCAGAUUGAACAAGAGAUGGGCUGCACAUUUUCUGGAUUGAAUGCUUUCUACGACGCCGUGAACAGCGGUGGAGAUGUUUGGAUCAACGAGAACAGGUUCAAGAUCGUGAGGCAGCUCGGUGAAGGUGGCUUUGCUUAUGUCUUCCUCGUCAAGGAGGUGCUCGCUGAUUCGUCUUCCAACGCUGUUCCCGGUGGUUUGCGCAAGAAAUUCAAGGACUCCACUCAUCUAUCUGAUGAUGGUUCAUACGCUUUGAAAAAGGUGCUCAUUCAGAAUAAUGAGCAACUGGAAUUGGUGAAAGAGGAGAUCCGGGUUUCAUCUCUGUUCAGUCAUCCCAAUCUACUUCCUCUUCUUGAUCAUGCUGUAAUAGCUACUAAGCCUACCCCAGAACGAUCUUGGAACCAUGAAGCAUACUUGCUAUUUCCAGUACAUUUGGACGGGACAUUAUUGGACAAUGCCAAAACCAUGAAAGCAAAAAAGGAGUUCUUCUCAACGGCAGAUGUUCUGCAUAUAUUUCGACAGCUAUGUGCGGGUCUCAAGCACAUGCACAAUUUUGAUCCCCCAUAUGCACACAAUGACAUCAAGCCUGGUAAUGUUCUCAUAACCCGUAGAAAGGGCCAACCACCUCUUGCUAUAUUGAUGGAUUUUGGAAGUGCUCGACAUGCAAGGAGGCAAAUUCGCUCUCGUUCAGAGGCACUGCAGUUACAGGAAUGGGCAUCUGAACAUUGUUCUGCUCCUUUCCGGGCUCCUGAGUUGUGGGAUUGUGCAAGCCAGGCGGAUGUUGACGAAAGAACUGACAUUUGGUCGUUAGGAUGCACUCUGUAUGCAAUAAUGUAUGGAGUAUCUCCAUUUGAAUAUGCGCUUGGUGAAUCUGGAGGAAGCUUACAGUUAGCGAUUGUUAAUGUACAAAUCAAGUGGCCAGCUGGACCAACUCCUCCUUAUCCAGAUGCACUGCACCAGUUUGUCAAGUGGAUGCUUCAGCCACAGGCUGCAGUCCGUCCUCGCAUUGAUGAUAUUGUAAUUCACGUUGACAAGCUUGUCUCAAAGUUCUCUAAUUGAGAUAUAAUGGAAAUGAGGCAAACAUUGGAUCAUUAUUAUCACUUGGAGUUAUAUUACAUUGACCCAUCUGGCUAUUCAUGGCUGUCACUUGGCAUUACUAGCUGUGGAAAUAAAGCAGGAGCUGUUCUUAUUCCAGUGUUAUACAGUUAUAUCGUCAUAGUUUUGGCAAUUAGAAAUUGUUUAAUGUUCUUUGACUAUCCAUGGGAAUCAUAUAGUUUUACGUUUUUGUAAUUUAUACAACUACAAAUUGUUUUCAGCUUCUUGAAUAUAGUUGUAGAAAGUGCACCAUUGUGCUACCCAUAUAAUUUAUGUUUCUAGAAGCAUAUGUUUAUGUCCAAGAGUUUCCUGAAACUAAUAAUGUUACUCAACAUUAAAUUAUGCUAUUCUUGAAUGUAUAUUACUUGAACUUUCAUGAUAUAA